AUGGUGGUUUGCGAUUUGGGACAUAAUCUUCCAAUUGUCUUCCCAGGGAUAGAACGUCUAAGCUCACUUCACCCUGAUCUAGGAAUGGAGACUGAGAUUGCAGCUUUUCGUGAGUACCGUCGAGAGCACAAGCGGGGCAUCAUUGAGAACCUGCUAAAUAGCGUGAUUGCGGAUCCAUCAAUAUCUGAAGACAGACAGAAACAGCUGGCUCGAACGAUGCUCGUUGAAGGCCUCGACUACAUCACAGCCCUUCAAACACUCGCUACGUUUCUCGGCGAUAGUGCCUUAUCAGCAGGCAAUCUUUCCGGUAACAAUUUGGCCCAUCCUGGGCUGUUCACGGCAUCAAAUAGUGUAUCAGACGCGUCCCAGCUACAAUCUUCCAGCGACACAUUGUCCUGUGUGGACAAGCCAGAACUUUUAUAG